AAUGAACUACAACAAUAAAAUCCUUUCACAAUUCAAAAAAAAAAUAAAAAUACUUGGCUAUAAUUGCCAGCCUUAUAAUUAAGCAUGCUUCUUUGGUUUGGUCCCUUUUCCUUGUUUGGGAGCUGGGAUUUUCUUUGGUGAAAAAGGGCAAGAACUAAUUAGGUAAACAGCUAGGAAUAUAAAAUUAUUAAAUUGAAGAGACAAAAACAAAAACUAUACCAUGGGAAGGAGUAAGGUGCAGCUAAAACGGAUCGAGAACAAGAUCAAUCGUCAAGUCACUUUCUCAAAAAGGAGAACCGGUUUGCUUAAGAAAGCUAAUGAAAUCUCUGUUCUUUGUGAUGCUGAAGUUGCUUUGAUUGUCUUCUCCCAUAAUGGAAAGCUCUUUGAGUAUUCAACUGAUUCUUGCAUGGAGAAGAUUCUGGAACGCCAUGAAAGGUAUGGCUAUGCAGAGAGACUACUAGUAACAAAUGAUUCGGAGACUCAGGAAAACUGGAGCAUUGAAUAUACUAGACUGAAGGCAAAGAUUGAUCUUUUGCAGCGAAACCACAGACAAUAUUUGGGAGAAGAUUUAGCUUCAAUGAGUCUCAAAGAGCUUCAAUGUUUAGAGCAACAGUUAGAUACUGGUCUCAAGAGCAUCCGUACCCGCAGAAAUCAAGUCUUAUAUGAGGCCAUUUCUGAGCUUCAGAAAAAGGAGAAAGGGAUACAAGAGCAGAAUAACAUGCUCACAAAGGAGAUAAAGGAGAAGGAGAAGGCUGUAGCACAGGAGGCUGCUGCUCAAUGGGAUCAACCAAACUAUAGGGUUGAUACAUCUUUCUUACUACAAGACCCACUUCCUGUUUUGAAUAUGGGUGGCAAUUACCGUGAGGGAGCACAAGAACUGGGGAGGAACGAGCUUGACCUGACACUUGAACCACAAUAUUAUUAUAAUUCUUAAUUGCCACCUUGAAUUGGAUAUGGUGUUGAAAACUUUUUUAUUUAUUUUUAAUUUACAAGCAUAUAUGAACGUGUAUAUGUCUUCAUGUUAAUUUGAAUACCUUUUACUUGAGUCAAUGUUAUAUGGUUAAUUUUCAAUAAAUUAAAGACAUUAAUUUGAAGUGUUUUUGUUGUAAGUGGAUAUCGACUUUGUAA